AUUAGUUAAAGUGGGACGAUUCUCCAAAACAAACAUGGCUGCGUUUGUUAUCAAACCUUCUCUCCUUCACUGUGUUUUAAGGACUGUAAGGCAACUUAGAGUGCGACAGACAAGGGAAACGCCGUUCCUUUGGAGAAGCUACGCGUCUGAUGGAGACAACAGAGUGCCCAAAAUUUAUACCAAAACAGGCGACAAAGGUUUCUCAAGCACAUUCACUGGAGAAAGGAGACCAAAGGAAGAUCACAUUUUUGAAGCUUUGGGAAACACAGACGAACUGUCAUCAGCUAUAGGCUUGGCCAGGGAAUUCUGCCUUGAAAAAGGUCAUGCAUUCACUCAUCAGUUAGACAAGAUACAAUGUGUUUUGCAAGAUGUUGGCUCCAAUAUUGCCACCCCUCGGUCAUCUGCAAGAGAAAGUCAUAGAACUCGAACCAAUUUCACUGCGACGCCAAUAGCAGACCUGGAAGGUUGGAUUGAUGCAUUGACAGAAGAACUCCCACCUUUGACCAACUUCAUUUUACCUUCUGGAGGAAAGAGCAGCGCAGCUUUGCAUCUAGCUCGGACAGUCUGUCGUAGAGCCGAGCGCAGUGUUGCUCCAAUUGUGCGCUCAGGGGAGGCAGAUCCAGAUGUUGCCAGGUUUUUAAACAGAUGACGUCACGCUAACAUCACAUGACACCUCUGAUGAAGGCUGCAGAAGCAAGCUAGCCGAAACUUGUCAGGUACAAAACUUUACCAUACUAGCCUAUAUAAAUCAACCAUUUAUUAAUUUAAGAUUUACCUACUUGAAGUUUGAUCAUCCUCUCCUUUGUUUCAAUUGACAUCUCUCGUGUUGGAGCCAUGAUUCAUGUCAAGCCACCUGGUGCAACAGCUCUGCCAGGUGUGAACACUCUUUUUUAACUGCAGACUAAUGAACACGUGAUCUGAUACAGGUGUUAACUUUGCAAAUAAAAUUCUAAAGAGUUCUCUAUGUUUUCACUCUGCUUAAUCUAAAAACAAAACUGUUAACACAUCUUGAUUUAUUUUAGUGUGUCUUAAAGGCAGAAAGUUGCUAUUUAAAAUGAUUAUAGUUUUAUGUCAUGUCAGUCAGCUGCUGCUUUCUUUCUAAAAUUAAACAACUGCAUGAACAUCUUCCAAGUCUGGUGAUUCCAUCACUUUUCCAGGGGUUGUAAACGGGGUUAAGAACUGUUCAAUA